AAUUCCUCUCACUUUUCCCUAGCCUUUCGUUUUCGAUCUUCCAAUUUUAUUCAUCGGAAUAAAUCUUAAAUGCCGGAAAAUCAACAUAGAAUCACAAUGUCACCGGGGCCAAAAGUCUCCACCAACAUCAUGCAAAAUUCGGAUUCAGACUCCUCUCCCACUUUUCUGCCAACCGAUGAAGACUUCAACAACCGGUUUAGCAACUUCUCCGGCUUCGAACCGGACCGAAUGAGCGAUGAGGCUUCGCCCAUUUUGAUGUCCCCGUGGAACCAGACUACCCCUUUACAAGCAUCUCCGUGGAUCACUAGGGGAAUGGAUUACUCUAACAACCACAAGAAUGGAGUUCAAAAAGCAAGCCAAUUCGACGGACUCAUCGGAUCUCUUUACCGGGAAGAAGGCCACAUAUAUUCACUCGCCUGCUCCGGCGACCUUCUCUACACCGGUUCCGGCAGUAAAAACAUCCGCGUUUGGAGAAACCUAAAGGACGUCACGGCGUUCAAGUCCAACAGCGGGUUGGUGAAGGCCAUAAUAGUGUCCGGUGAUCGCGUGUUCACCGGACACCAGGACGGAAAAGUCCGUGUGUGGAAAAAAAACCAAAAAAACCCAACCAACCACAAACGCGUCGGAACAUUUCCGACGCUUUUCGACAUUCUGAAGUCAUCAAUCCGGCCUCAAAACUACGUCGAAGUGAAGCGCAAAUGCACUACGCUUUGGAUCAAGCAUUGCGACGCGAUUUCGUGUCUUAGCAUCGACGAACACGAGGGUCUUUUAUACUCGUGUUCAUGGGAUCGAACAUUUAAAGUAUGGCAAACAUCAAAUUCGAAGUGCUUAGAGUCCGUUAAGGCGCACGAUGACGCCGUUAACUCCAUCGUUAGUACAAAAUACGGGUUCGUAUUCACUGGGUCCGCGGAUGGGUCGGUUAAGGUCUGGAAACGAGAAGGGACCGGGAAAUCGAUGAAACAUCAUCGCGUCGAGACGUUAUUGAACCAAGAAUGUGCGGUGACCACACUAGCAGUGUCGGAAACCGGGUGGUUCGUGUACUGCGGGUUGUCAGAUGGGUUGGUUAACUUUUGGGAAUGGGAAAAACAGUUAUCUCAUGGUGGUAUUCUUAAGGGACAUAAGUUGGCAGUUUUGUGUUUAUCAACUGCUGGAAAGUUGUUGUUUAGUGGGUCAGCUGAUAAAACAAUAUGUGUGUGGAGAAGAGAGGGUAGUAUUCAUAGCUGUUUGACCGUGCUUACGGGGCAUAUGGGACCGGUGAAGUGUUUGGCGGUCGAACGGGAGGAGGGGGCGAACUCCGGCGAGGUUAAAUGGGUGGUUUAUAGUGGUAGUUUGGAUAAAUCAGUUAAAGUGUGGAGGGUGUCCGAGUGAUCGCCAAAGAUGCAAAUGGGUACGAGGUAAUCAUGUAAAUGCAAUGGUUCCUGGGACAUACAAUGUCGUAUGUUGGGUUUGAGUGUGUUUUGUGUGACCAUUGGAGGUGGAUUUCUCAAUAUUUGUACAUAGAUGGGUUGUGAAAUUUCAAAUAUUUUAGAAAAUCGGAUUUGUUGUUGAACCGGUCACCAUACUGGUUUACUGGUAUAACCGGUUAAGCUGUUUGAUCAUUUUAGACAUAGGCGAUUUUUCUUUAAGUUUUGUUAUUGUGUUAUUGUAAGAUUGUAUAUUGUUAUUAUAAUUGUUAACACGAGUUUCCGUUUAAAUAAAUAAUCUAUAUUUUUUAA